CUGCGUGCGCGUGUGUCUGAAGGUGAAGUAGGUCCGAGUGUGUGUGAGACGUAGUCCUGUCCCUCAGUCCAAAAUGUCAUCCAGUGGACUUUUAACAAUGCACACUCAAAUCUGUAAACGUAUGGCUCACAAGUACCUUUCAAGAGCCUACAGUUCUCGGCCCUUGCUCAAUGAAGUUGUCAUUGUCAGUGCUGUCCGCACUCCAAUGGGCUCCUUCAAAGGCAGCCUGGCAGCAGUACCAGCCACCAAACUGGGCUCCAUUGCCAUCAAAGGAGCCAUAGUUAAAGCAGGCAUUGCUCCUGAGGAGGUGAAGGAGGUCUACAUGGGCAACGUGCUUCAGGCAGGAGAAGGACAGGCCCCCACAAGACAAGCCCUGCUUGCUGCAGGCUUGACCCAGGGCACUCCAGCAACAACUAUCAACAAAGUCUGUGCCUCUGGGAUGAAGUCCAUCAUGAUGGCAGCCCAGAGUCUAAUGUGUGGACAUCAGGAUGUGAUGGUGGCAGGAGGAAUGGAAAGCAUGUCAAACGUACCCUAUGUGAUGGCCAGAGAAACGCCAGCCUACGGAGGAGUGCGAUUGGAAGACCUCAUUGUUAAAGAUGGACUCACUGACGUCUACAACAAAUUCCACAUGGGGAACUGCGCAGAAAACACAGCCAAAAACUACAACAUCACCAGGGAGGAACAAGAUGCCUACGCCAUCGGCUCCUACAGCCGCAGCAAAGCGGCGUUUGAAUCGGGACUGCUCGCCAAAGAAAUUGUAUCCGUCAGCAUUCCCCAGAGAGGUAAACCUGAUGUGGUCGUCUCUGAGGAUGAGGAGUGGAGGAGGGUUGACUUCAGCAAAGUCCCCAAACUAAAGGCAGUGUUCCAGAAAGAGAACGGCACAGUGACGGCAGCCAACGCGAGCACGUUGAAUGACGGAGCCGCUGCUCUCGUUUUGAUGACGGCGGAUGCUGCAAAGAGGCUUAAUGUCACUCCACUGGCAAGGAUCAUUGCCUUUGCAGAUGCUGCAGUUGCACCCAUUGAUUUCCCAAUCGCUCCUGCAUAUGCUGUACCAAAGGUGCUGGACGCAGCAGGGCUGAAGAAGGACGAUAUCGCCAUGUGGGAGAUCAACGAGGCCUUCAGUGUUGUCGUGCUGGCCAACAUCAAAAUGUUGGACAUUGACCCAGCAAAAGUCAAUGUCAACGGUGGAGCUGUGUCCCUGGGACAUCCAAUCGGGAUGUCUGGGGCGAGAAUUGUUGGUCACAUGGUGCACAAUCUGACAUCGUGUCAGUACGGUCUAGCAGGCAUCUGCAACGGUGGCGGUGGAGCUUCAUCUAUCAUCAUCCAGAAAUUGUAGGAAACUUGAGACCUUUCUGUCCCCGUUACAUAUGUGAACUAGUGUUUGUUGAUCUUGCAGUUCCAACAGCUAAGACACAUGUAAGCUCCCUUUUACUACUAAAUUUGUUACAGCAAACAUCACUCCAAUGUUAAAGACUCCUUUUGUUUGUCAACACGACAUGUGGAAAAAGAUUUAUUAAUAUUUAAGUCUGUAUUGAAAUGGUUGAAUAAAUACUGUUAUUUUCAUGAAA